GAGAUUUGGCAACUCGCAGUGCAGCGCUGUCUCGGGAGUGUCGGUGAACCGUUAGCUCCGCGCUCCACGUCCGUGUGGUGACCGUAACAAUGAGUACGUUGGAGAGCUUGGACCGAAUGGAGCUGUGUGAGAGUCUUCUAACGUGGAUCCAGACAUUUGGAGUUGAAGCUCCGUGCAAGUUAGUAGAAGAUUUAACCAGUGGUGUCGUCAUGGCCCAAGUCCUACAGAAAAUAGAUGCAGCAUAUUUCAGUGAUGCUUGGAUUAGUAGAAUCAAGCCUGAAGUUGGGAAUAAUUGGAGGUUAAAGGUUAGCAAUCUAAAGAAAAUUCUAAAAGGCAUUCUAGAUUAUAAUCAGGAGGUUUUAGGUCAACACAUUAAUGACUUCACACUGCCAGAUGUUAACCUGAUUGGAGAACAUGGCGACGCAGCAGAACUUGGAAGAAUGUUACAACUAAUCCUUGGCUGUGCUGUCAACUGUGAACAGAAACAAGAAUACAUCCAGACCAUUAUGAUGAUGGAGGAGUCAGUGCAGCAUGUUGUCAUGACAGCCAUCCAAGAGCUCAUGAGUAAAGAGACUCCAGUGACAGGAGGGAAUGACUCUUAUGUGGAUUUGGACAGACAGUUGACGAAGACUGUAGAGGAGUUGAACGAUGCUUUGGCGACAAAGGAGGAAAUUGCUCAGAGAUGUCGUGAGCUUGACCUGCAGGCCCUACAUGUACGAGAGGACCAUGAUAGACUGAAGUUAGACUGUAAUGAUCUAGAAGAGAGGGUGGCAGCUCUGCAGGAGGAGAAGAGCAGUUUGCUCGCAGAGAACCAGGUCCUGAUGGAGAGACUCAACCACUCUGACUCCAUCGAGGACGUAAACAGUCCUGCAGGACGCCGACACCUCCAGCUGCAGACACAGCUGGAACAACUACAGGAGGAAACAUUCAGGCUGGAAGCAGCCAAAGAUGAUUACCGGAUCCGUUGUGAAGAGCUUGAAAAGGAGCUGUUGGACAUAAAGUCUCAGAAUGAAGAACUCACGUCACUCGCUGAUGAAGCCCAGUCCCUCAAGGAUGAGAUGGACGUCCUCAGACAUUCAUCAGACAAAGUAUCAAAGCUGGAGGGCACAUUGGAACACUACAAGAAGAAGCUAGAGGACAUGGGACUUCUCAGGCGACAGGUGAAGCUUUUGGAGGAGAAGAACACAAUGCUGAUGCAGAACACAGUCAGUUUGGAAGAAGAGUUAAGAAAAGCGAACUCUACCAAGGGCCAGCUCGACACGUACAAGAGACAGGUGGUUGAACUUCAGAACAGACUGUCAGAAGAGUCUAAAAAAGCAGACAAGAUGGAGUUUGAGUACAAACGCCUCAAGGAGAAAGUGGAUUCUCUACAAAAAGAAAAAGAUCGCAUGCGGACAGAGAGAGACUCUUUGAAGGAGACGAUCGAGGAGUUACACUGUGUCCAGGCCCAGGAGGGACAGCUUACAUCAAGUCUCUUUCCGUUGGUCAGCAGUGAGGGUUCUGAUUCGCUGGCUGCAGAAAUCACCACCCCAGAGAUUCGAGAACAUUUGAUUCGUCUUCAGCAUGAGAACAAGAUGUUGAAGCUGGCCCAGGAGGGAUCAGAUAAUGAAAAGAUUUCACUGUUGCAGAGCCUACUGGAGGAUGCCAGCCGGAGAAAAAAUGAACUGGAGACAGAAAACAGAUUAAUAAAUCAGCGCCUGAUGGAGGAACAGAGUCAGGUGGAGGAGCUGCAGAAAACUCUUCAGGAACAGGGCUCUAAAGCAGAUGAUUCCUCCAUCUUGAAGAAGAAACAUGAGGAACACAUGGAGAAACUACGAGAACUGAAUGAGGAGUUAUUAAAGAAAAAUGCUUUGAUUGAUGACAUGGAACCCAAAUAUAAUGCCAGCUCACAACGAGUGGAGGAGUUGGAAGAAGCCCUGAAGAAGAAAGAAGAUGAUAUGAGACAGAUGGAGGAGAGAUAUAAGAAGUACCUGGAGAAAGCAAAGAGUGUGAUUCGGACUCUGGACCCCAAGCAGAAUCAAGGUUCAGGACCAGAGGUUCAGGCUCUAAAGAACCAGCUGCAGGAGAAGGAGAGGAUGCUGCACUCGUUGGAGAAAGAGAUGGACAAGACAAAGAGCCAGAGAGAUUACGAGGAGAAACUGAUUGUCUCUGCCUGGUACAACAUGGGCAUGACGAUGCAAAAGAAGGCGGCUGAAGACCGACUCGCCAACACUGGUUCUGGUCAGUCCUUCCUGGCCCGACAGAGACAGGCCACCAGCACACGUCGUUCAUACCCAGGCUACGUCCAACCAGCUCCCACAAGAUCCAUGAGCAAUGUUACUGCAUGACUGGCGCACCAGUAAACUGGCCAAGCCUGGUUCGGCUCGCCAUGGCUUGGGCUGUGCUAGAAUGAGGCACGCGAUGCAUGACCUCCCACCUGCCUGCUGUUUGCAUGACUUUGCAUUGACUUGAUCCUGCAAAUAACCAGCAGCAGCAGCAUGAGCACUAACAACCUGCUGCUGUGUCUCGCAGUUAUAACCUCCAGAAAAGCUUGAGGAGGGAUGGGGGUAAAGACAAAACUCUAAUUUUUUUCCCUUCUCUGUUCUCCUACCCCCUUUUUCCCCUUGUUCAUCCUCUGUCCCUCCCUUCAUCAACAUCCCUGCUUGUGCUUCUUCCAAGUCUGUCUAAAAGGCAUAAGAAUUUCUUGUGAAUCCAUGGCUGUCAGAGUUUGUGUGGCCCGGGGGUCCAGCCAUAAUUACAGUGUAGCAACGCUACCCAUCACAGCAUGUGGAUUGUUCCCAUUGGGAUGGACUGGGGUCACAUUAAAGGGGAGUCGUAGACUCGCAUCUGUUUCAUACUACAUAUCUGUACUACAGGUCUCGGGGCCUACAUAGGACUUACAAGACAUAGUUAGAUUUUGUUCAGUCACCGACUGCAGCAUAAAGAAAUGCUCCUUAUAUGCCACAUGGUUCCCUUGUAUCAGUUGCCAUAAUUGGGGCAGGACACCUGUUUUUGCACAGACUGAGACGCCCACAGAUCCGCAAGGAUUUCUCAUGCUUGGAGGACAUGAGCAAAAAUUCAUCAGUGUCAACCCGUUGUACUUUAAAAAAAAAAAAAAAGGCCUCCAUGGUGGUUGGCUGUCUCAGGAUACCUAGAUCACGUAUGUCUAAAGACAUGUCUACAUUUUUACUUAAAUAAUUGGAGAUUUGUUACGAGGAAUACAUGAGGCAUAGCCCACGUGUGUAUCUCAGUUUCUGCAGAGUCUGCUCUUCCAAAGUUUAUUUUCUGUCAUUUAUGUUUUCAGCCUGAGAGUAUUGGGAAGAUGGUUCUCAGAAAUGGUGUGUGUUACUCAGAAGUGCUUUUAUCUGAAGUAUUAGUGAGGACAAUGUGUUGUGGAAUAAACAAGCUUAUGGGGUUUUGUUAUUUUACCCCUUUUCUUUUUAGGACCAUAGGAUUACAAAAUAAUUGUUUUUCUUUGAAAUAAGUAAUGUUGUUGCAGAGUAAUGAGUAAUGUUACAGAGCAUUUAUACUGGAUUAAAGCCCCCAUUAAACCUACUUUAUUUAUUUAUUCUGUAGUACAUUUUCAGUUUCUGUAGUCUAAUUGAGCCAAAGUCAAAGUACUCUUUAAAAGAACAAUACAUCAUGCCCUUGUUAAUCCAAAAAAAGUGUCAUAAAUGGAUUAAAUCACUUCUGUUAAGAUGAUGUAGCGCUGCACAUUUGCGCGUGUGGGCUAAGGCUUGGUGCCUUCACUGUUGCAUAGAAAGUGAUGCGCUGUUCAAAGCUGUGAAGACGAUCUGAAAGAUCCCAUUAAUCACAGAUAAGUCAUUCAGAUUUAAGUUUAAUCAAAUAGUUAGAAAUGAUUUGCUUUUGUGUCUGGUGGAAUAGUUUGAGUUCUCCGUUGUAAAAUUUGUCUUUAAGUUCAGUGUGUGAAUAUUUACAGUGUUAAUGACCCUGCAAAGGUGUGACGGGGUAGGAGUCAAAUGAACAGGCAUUAGGGGUGUGACGAGAUGGUGCAGGGUUCACAGCAGCGACAAGAGAUAAUAGUAACUGUUUUUAAUCGACUUUUAUUUGACCGAACAAAAUGCAAAACUGCAUUUUUAAAUAUUAUCACAGAAUUAUAAACGUUGCGUCGGCUCUACUUUCUCAAUAUAUGACUCAUGCAGUUAAGGUUCUCUCUAUGCACUCAGAAUAAUCCCUUUUCUGUUCUUGUCUCACAGCCCCGAGUACAAGUUCUAAAUCUCUCUGUCUCCCCUCCAGUUCACUCAGCGCGCGCACACUCCUAAUAACUAUUUACAAACUGAGCAGUUUGUGUGGAAGUCUCCAGAUUUGAGCUUGAACGCUCUGCAGUGAAUGACGACACAGCAAUUUCUGAGAAGUUGAGAGAUUUUCAAAAUAAAGCCCUCGGAAGACCCAGCAAAAAUAAAUAAAUAAAUAAAAUAAUUACAUAAAAGGCUGAAUAAUUACAUAAAAGGCGUUGUGAAGGACGAAUGCUGCUCAACUCCACAUGAUGGCUUUUCACCUCAAUGAAAAAUACCACAUUUUAGCCCGAGAUCUCUUCACACCCUUAAUAACUGUAGAUCUGUCGGGGUUAUUUAAAUUAAAUUUGCAAGGUUCAUGUUGAUAUUUUUAAUGAAAGAGGUAUCGGCAUAAUCUUCAUCCAGAGGAGAGAGAUUGACUCCUAGUCAGAUUUAGUACCUUUUUAAUUAAAAGAAAAUCUCCAGACUGUGUAAUGUAUCAUUCUACUAAAGUCCAGUUUUAGUGUAUUAUCAGAAAAAGUAAAGUUGCUUUAGAAUCUAUGCUUCUUGAACAAAAACCGAUGACAUUUAUACAGACUUAAGUAGGUUUAAUGUGGGCUUUUUCUUUUUUUUUUUUUAAGCUUAUUUUGCUUAUUGUUACUUUGGUUUAAUUGUUGACUUGCAUUUUUAUCAUAUCGGCUUAUUUAUUAAUCUGCUACUUGUACAGCAGUGUUACGUUGUUUAUAAUGUUAGUAUUAAAUCACCACUUGUACUGUUACAAUGGAUGUAAAACUUCCAUGUGGAAUCAGAAUACUGUAAUCUGCUACUUAUGCAACGAAAGGAGUGUUUGUGUACAUGUAGUAAUACACAGAAAAAAGCUUUUCUUACUGUCAAUUAGGAAAGGAGUUGAAUGUUAACUUUACCUCCAGACGUAUCAGGAAUUAGUUUAUUUGCGAUGAAACGUUUCAUGCUUGACAGUGAAUGUUUCUUACCAACAAAAAAAGCACAUUUAACACUUUUGAUUUUAAAAAUUUUUUAGUGUAAAGCUGCACGUAAUCGUCAAGACUUGUAGUCUUCAGCUGUCUUGUUUUGUCCACAACCCAGAGAUACUCAGUUUACUGUCAGAUAGAAGUAAAACAACUAGUGGAAUAAACCAAAAUCUAUUCAUUUAGAAGGUAAAAUCAAAAUGAUUAAUUGAUUAUCAAUAGUUGUCCAGUAAUUUAAUAAUAAAUUCAUAGUUGUUUGAUCUUUGCAGCUCAUAUCUGUGUUCCAUAACUGAACCCUGACAGUUUUUAGUUUUUAAUGAUGGUUCUCAGAAGGAACCCUUUGGCAUUGGUUAUGUUGGCAAAGCCUCGCCUCACCGUCCGUCCCUCAAGAGAUUGAGAGAUCUGUAUAUUACAGAACUCCUUUAUUUUAUAUACGUUUACAUCAGCGAUGACGUAUAACUUUAAUUUUCCGUAAGACAGAGUAGAUAUACAAAGUUUUAUUUUAUCCUUCAUAUGUCUGUGUAUGUGCUUUGUUGUGAGAUAAAGAGUAGUGGGCGUACUUACUGCAAGUCUGUUACAGUAAUAAAGCCCCGGAUACUAAGUGGGAGAAAAAACCCAGCAACUUAUGGACGUUUUCAGUCCUUGUUAAUUCCAAGUUCUUACUUGAUGUGGAAAGUUGGUUUGUUAAUAUAUCAUUGGGGCUGUAGCCCCAAAUUUUUUUUUUUAUCUCUGUUUGGAGAAUAACAUUACAGUACUCACGUUUUCCAUAAUAUUUACAGUACAUGCUUUUAGUAAGCUAAGUACUCAGUAAACCGCAUUUCCGAGUAUUACUCGGGUGUUUGUUGCACCGUGAGUCGGAAAGGAAAGUUUCAAAUAUCGAAGCUGUCCACACGUCUGAGUGCAGUGUUUGUUUUUUUCCUUCAAUGAAAACUUUAUUUACAUAUUAUAGGAGCUUCUAACUUUUUUUCCCCAUUUGCCAAGUUUUAUAUUGCUUGUGUACAAAUACACUGUGUACAUGCUAUGUGUGAUGCCGGUGGAGGAAGUGUCGCUCUUUAAAAACAAAACAAAAAAACCAUGCAGUUUGAUGGUUUCAUACAGCUUCUGGAAGAUGAGGACGUAUGUUGUUUUAAUAAAAUAAAAAAAAAAAGUGCUUCCUACACUGCAAA